GGAGCCGUCAGUAGUUCCGUACCAACUUUCCUCCGAUACGUAUGUAUGUCGGUGCCGCGUGCGUCGCGUCGCGCCGCGAUUAAGAGAUAGGCACGCACCCUCCUCGUUUCUUCAUUGCUUCUGUCAUCGUUAUUAUUGUUUAUAACGAAAGGGACACGAAGACGUAAUUAAUUAAUCAAAUUAGAAAUAUACAGUGUAGAAUAACAGGGUGAUUGAAGAGAGAACGAGAGAACGAGAGAGAGAGAGAGAAAGAGGAGAGAGAGGGAAAGAGAGAGAGAGAGAUAACGAUCGAACCACUUCGAUCGGGAGUGGUGUGUGUUCUCCGUGAAUACUUACCCUGGUCCAUCGUGUGAUCGCACGAAUGUCGCGACGCGAUGUCGCCCGAUAACGGACUCGUCGGGUCGCGAGACCUGGCACUCGACGUCACGGCUAUCAUCGGUUCCUCCUGACAAUAUGAGCUUCCUGAACCAUUGUCGUACUACGCGAUCACUACUAAUAAAAGUGCUACCCCUAUCGGUACAGCUGGUGCUGGCGAGUGUCCUCCUCGACAAUAUCCCAGGAUCUGUUCCCGCCGUCGCCGUCGUCACCACCGUCGUCGUCGUCGUCGUCGUCGUCGUCAUCAUCAUCAUCAUCAUCAUCAUCAUCUUUAACAUCAUUGUCAAGAUCAUCGUCAACAUCGUCGCUGUCGUCGUCACCAAGCUUCCUGCAACUUAUAAUGUUGCUCUUGUCCUUGCUGACUCGAGAUUUCUGUCCUAUUUCUCAAAGGAUUAUUAACCACAAGAAGAACUUCGAGCUCGCGUGUGUGUGCUGUCGUGCCUGUUAAAACCAUCCCUAAAACACGUGCAACCUUUCCCGUGGGAUUAUUGUUCCUCGUGUGCAUUAUUAUUCGUGUGUUAGAUAGAAGAACGACCACUUGUCUUUCUCUAUCUUUUUUUUCCUUGUUACGUUCGUUCUUACGCUAUCGGUUUUUUAUACUCGUACUACUUCUACUGUUUUUAAGACGACGACUACUACUAUUAUUUUGGUGCUUUUUAUAUAAUUCCCGUUGUAUGUGCUUGCAAAAAAUUGUGCAUUUAUUUUCUUCUAUAUUGCGUUAUUAUUAUUAUAAGAUAUACACAGUGAGGAACGGAUAUCGAGCGAUGAUGACAGCGUUCAUGAUCGCCAGCAGCACCAUGGAUCUUUGCCUCAGCACGGUGGUGACGAUGUGCCGCGCUUUUGCGAGCACCUCGACCGGUGUUACGAAUUGGAGCGUUACAAGCUCCAGGUCGAGGACAGCAUCAAGAACGAGGUCGAUCGUAAUCUGCCUUACGCUGUUACUAACAAUGGAAGCUAGAAGCGUAGAGGGUGCGAAUAUGACAAAUGCGUCCUCCUCCUUAUCCUCCUCAUCCUCCUUGUCCUCGUCGUCUUCGUCCUCUUCUUCAUCGUCCUCGUCUUUGUCGUCAUCGUCGUCCUCGUCAUCCUCGUCCUCGUCCUCAUCCUCAUCCUCAUCGUCAGCUGUGUCGACGUUAAAGCCGAUUACAACGACGGAAGUAGUUUAUCAGCGAUUCGCCAUCGAGCCAAUGGAUCAAACCGCGGUGGUUGGUAGCAGGGUGACCCUUCCGUGUCGAGUUCUUGAUCAAAAGGGACCCAUUCAAUGGACGAAGGAUGAUUUUGGACUUGGUGCUGUUAGGAAUUUGACUGGAUACGAACGUUACGCUAUGAUCGGUAGCGACGAAGAGGGUGAUUUUUCAUUACACAUAUAUCCGGUAGAGCUUGAGGACGACGGCGUUUAUCAGUGCCAGGCUUCGCCAACGAAUGACGGUCAGCCAGCAUUACGAUCGAGAUUCGCUCGUUUGAGCGUGCUGGUGCCGCCCGAGCCACCGAAGAUCCUCCAGGGAGACUUUCUUGUGACGACCGAGGAUCGAGAACUCGUUAUCGAAUGCGUUAGUGUUGCUGGAAAACCACCGGCCGAGAUCACAUGGAUCGAUGGGCGAGGCAAUGUGCAGCAUAGAGGUAUAGAAACUACCAAGGAACUCUUCGAUGGUGGGCCUUUGUACACGGUUAAAUCGAUUCUGAAAGUGAUGCCACGCAAGGAGCACGACAAUACCACCUUUACCUGCCAAAGUCAAAACGCGGCUGAUCGGACGCCGCAAAGUGCCAAGUUACGUGUCGAAGUACGAUACGCACCGAAGGUUUCAUUAAAAAUCCGUGGUUCUGGAAUAUCGGAAAAGAAACGUAUCAUAGAGGGAACAGAGUUGAGGUUCAAAUGUCGCGCCGAGGGCAACCCCCCUGAUAUGGAAUACAGGUGGUUUAUCAACGAGAAAAAGGUCAUCGGAGACUACACGACGGAAAUGAUCAUUCACAACGCGACGCGAGAUCUUCACGAUGCGAUCGUAAAGUGUGAAGUUCAUAACGAUGUCGGCAAAAGCGAAGAAACUGAGACGCUAGAUAUAACAUAUGGACCACAAUUUCGACAUCCACCCACUUCCGUAGAAACACACUACAGUGCAACGGAAAUCUUACAAUGUGACGUUGAUGGAAAUCCCACACCUGAGAUUCUAUGGUAUCAUGAGGAUUCGGAACACGUGGUAGCCAGAAGCCCAAAUAUAAGCGUUUUCGUCAGUGCUGAGACAGCAGGACGUUAUUUUUGCAAGGCUCAUGUACCAAAUUUCCCUUUACUAACGGGUUUUGCCAACAUUUACAUUCGUGGACCACCUAGCAUAGUGUCACAAAGGAUUCAGUAUGUGCCGGACGAAGGAGUGGUCAAGGUAAAAUGCAUUGCGAUAUCAGUGCCAAAAGCGGAAUCCGUAGUAUGGAGCUUCGACGGUCGUGAGCUCAAUUUCUCGUUGAACAAUACGCCGUUCUACGUUCAGGAAGAAUAUACGCAGGAGAGAGUCGUCAGCACCGUCACGUUGGCCGAUCCAGUAUCCGCGUAUUUCGGGGAUUACAACUGUACGGUGACGAACAGCUACGGCACGGAUUCUGUCAUAAUCAAGCUGACAGCACACACGUUGAUUCCAGUCGAUUGGCAAAUGAUUCUCAUCAUCGUUGGACUCGUCGUCUGCUUGAUCCUGGUUGGCAUUAUUGUUCUACUCAUUCUACAAUGUCGUGAUCGUAUUAAGCAACCACGACCGAGGACAGCACAAACGCAAGAAACUGAUAUGCAAGAAACAGACUCGAAUGCAGAUCGAUAUCGUGAAAGCGAUAGAAGCAGCAAUCUCUCGGAUGUCAAAGCAGACAUACGAGCGGGUUCCAGCGUUAGCAAUGCAGAAAGCGUUACAGCACUCGACAGUGAAGGCGAAGGAAGUACUCGAGGAGUGAAUGCAUUGGCACUUGCUGGACCUGUUCCUAAUCCUCUUGGUUUCCGUUAUAGCGCAGACUACACGGAGCCAUCUUUUCCACCAAAAAAUAAUGACGGUAGCAACAAUAACGGCUAUGUGCCAUACGUGGAUUACACGCGGGACUACAUGCCACCGACAACGCAAGGAAUGGGAGCGUCACGGGAAUCCCUGAGCAGGAUACCAUCCGGUGGAAUUCUCGCAUCGAAGAAAAUUGGACUGAGUUCGGCGAACUUGGGAACAUCCACUCCACAAACGACGCCGGUCAUCGAUCCACGUUUUUCCGCGACCUAUGGCAACCCUUAUCUCAGGAUGUCAGCAGCUGAACAGCUGAGGCACGCGCCGCACACUGCAGUGCCCGGAGUCACGCCAGCUCCGCCACCAUAUACUCAAGCGAUGAGAAUGAAUAGCUUAAACACCUUGAAUGGUGCUGGACCACAGGCGCCAUUGUCAGCGCAUUAUAUAACCGGAGGACCAAACGGUGGAGUGGCGACCGUAAAGCGUACUUCGGCAGUGGGAACGUUAGCGACGCACGUAUGAGGCCAGGGGGUCUAUCCGAACUAGAACCAUCGACGACGCACGAGAAGUGCCAUCUUCGAGACUUCUCGUCGUAUUCAAGAGGAAGAAGAAGAAGAAUACUUGUAUCGGAUAGAACAAGAAGAUCAAGAAGAGCAAUGUUGUUUUCGUCAAAUUUCUUCGUUGGAACGUCGUAGGCGUGAGUUAGGUGUAAGGAAGAUAGGAUCAUCCUUGAAAAAUGAGAUAAGACGAGAACGUAUGAGGAUGUUGGAGAACGGUGAAAUGUUGGGAUACAUCGAUCUCGUUUUAAAGCAGUUAAGAAAAGCCAGCAGAGAUCAUCGAUUACUUGUCGAGCAACGUCAUCUUGGUGACUCUUCGACGUUCCAACGUCAUAGUUUCUUCGAGGCAUCGACUUCCUCGUCAGUUUAUCCGAGAGAUUGGAAAAAUAAUAGUAGAAGGAGAAGGGAGGAAAUGCAGGAAGAACUGUUGGAGUAUCAUCCACGAACGGCAACUAGGUUGUUGACGAAAAGAAAGACGUACGUCGAUCAAGAAGAAGAGAAAAGUGGGACCUUGGGAUACGGUAAAAGUAAAGGAGCUUUUGAGAGGAUCGUCGCGUCGAGCAACUGUCGAGAUCCGAAUUACGUUCUCGAUCAAGAAGGAUUCGAGGAGAAACUGUUCGAUCGGCAACUCUUGGACUGGACGGAUGGAUCCUCGACCGGGGGUACUUCGACCGAAGGUACCUCUACCGUCGUUUGAUCGUCCUAGGAUCAACCGAGAUUUCAACUUGUAAUCCCAUCGGACUUCGUUACUCGUCGUUUCUCCAACAAAUCCUUCACGAAAAAGAAAGAGAACGAAACGUACAAACGGAUAUAAACAGAUGAUAGACGCGUAUAUUCCUGACUUUUAAUGCGAUACCAUAGAUUUCACUUAUGUGUAUAUAUAACAUAUAUACACGUUGAAAAUCGACUUUUCGACCUGCCUUAAAAGGGUCAAAUUCUCGAUUCGAAUUUAGCGAAAGAAUUUCGAUGGACGUUCCAUUCUCUCUCGACUAUUUUUAACAAAACAACGUUUUUCUUUAACGUUGAACGUACUAACACGCUCUACUCGAACGCUGUGUUCUCGUUCUUCUUUUUGAAUACGACGAUGAAGAAAGAAAGAAAAGAAGAAAAAGAAGAAGAAGAAAAAAGAAGG